AAACGUAAAAAAAAAUCAUAAUAUUUUCAGACUGUGACGAGAAAACAUUGACGACAUCGAAACGCCUUAAAAAUGAGUUUCUAUAAUUAUAUAUUUGGGCCCAAGCUGUAUAUGGAGUACAAAGGUGUACCCGAACCACAGCGAAAAAUGUAUGAACCCGGCGGUGUCGAAAAGUUUGGGGAGCAAAUACUUUCUACGCUGUCAGUGGUUUGGUCUGUCAGUUAUUAUACGUCGCCGCUGAUUUUUACAUUCCUUUAUCGACGCGGCUAUUUCGCUGCUGAAGCGAUGCCAGCGCUGGCGAAGAUCUCAACAAGUGUUGGGCUUAUAGUCAUUAUAUCUUUGUUUAUGCGUGGCGUUGGACGAAAGCAAUCGCGGGCUUAUUCCAAUAUGAUGACAGCGCUGACACAGGCGAAGGCCAACAAAUCGUCAGAAGCUUUGCAUGGCUUCGACAUUGAUUUCUCAGCUUGGCCAGUUGAUUUCGAUGUAAAGACACUGGCAGGUGAUCCAAAAAAGCCGACAAACGCAGUUGGACGACGUGAGGGUUUCAGCAUUGCUGCGCUACCUUGCGAAGUUAUUGCCUAUUUAGCAAUUAACACUUUUGGGCUGUCAAUGAUAUACCCUGGAUCAGUUAAGCUGUUGCAGAAAUUCAUGAUGCCCAUGCUGAUCUCAGGACGCGCUAAGCUUAUUGAAGACGACAAUGGCAUACGCAAUAAAGUAAAAACAAUCGAUUCUAACGAAAUAGAUACGCUGUUUAUAGAUAAUCGAAACGAUAACGUGGGCAAUGGCAAAACUUUGGUCAUCUGCUCAGAGGGCAAUGCUGGCUUCUAUGAGGCUGGCAUAAUGGCCACUCCAAUUGCAUUAAAGUACUCAGUGCUGGGCUGGAAUCACCCUGGCUUUGCUGGCAGCACGGGCAAGCCAAUACCCGAGCAGGACAAAAAUGCCAUUGAUGCAGUGGUAAGCUUUGCAAUUAAUCAAUUGGGUUUUGCCUUGGAAGAUAUAAUACUCUAUGGCUGGAGCAUUGGCGGCUUCAGCACAUUGUAUGCCGCAUCUAUUUAUCCGGAAGUCAAGGGAGUAGUGCUGGAUGCUACAUUCGAUGACAUUCUCUAUUUGGCCCAGCCACGUAUGCCUGCCAGUCUUGGUGGCAUUGUGCGUGUUGCCAUACGUAAUUAUUGUAAUCUAAAUAAUGCUGAGCUGGCACACAAGUAUAAUGGACCCGUUCUGUUCAUACGACGAACUGAAGAUGAAAUUAUUUCCGAGGAUAAUCGCAUUGAUACAAAUCGUGGCAACUAUUUAACGCUGUCUGUACUAAGGCAUCGUUUUCCCAAUAUAUUCUCUUCGACUCAGCUGUCGCGUGCUAAGGGCUUGCUGUCAAAACCAUUGGAGCCUUACAGCUAUAGCGUUGCCGAAGAGAAGCUAAUUAUGUCACGUCUUAUUACUUAUGCUUCGGAUGAGGGAAAGAGCUUCCCCAUGCAAAUUGGAGCAGAUUACACCGAUGAAGUGCGCAAUCAAAUGGCAGUAUUUUUGUUGCGCAAGCAUUUACGUGACUACAAUUCUACACAUUGCACACAGUUGCCUGGCGAGUUCUUCAGCAUUCCGUGGGAUAUACCCAUCGAGCAUGGAUUUGUAUUUACUUAAGUCGCCCCACAGUU